AUGAGUGCUCUCAUCCAGAUGCGUGAUUCAGCAGAAUUAAGUCCGAAUGAAAUGUUUCCACGUAAUAAAAUAUGCAUACCUAAAAACAUAAUACUCGCUGAUCCACAAUUUCACAUACCAAGACCUGUAGAUGUCCUUAUCGGUUCAGGUACCACACUUUCUCUUCUAUCUGUCGGACAGAUUAAUCGCUCACAAAAUGAUUGUGAUUUAAUACUACAAAAAACACAACUGGGCUGGGUCGUAGCGGGGGGAGUCAAUAAUGAUAAAGAUGUAUUUCCUGUAACUUGUCAAUUAACUGAUCUAUCGAGUCAAUUAACCAAAUUUUGGAAUAUUGAAGACCUAGGUUCUAAUGAUUCUCGAUCCUUUGAUGAUUCUACGUGUGAGACCUAUUAUCAAAAUAACACUACUCGCGAUACUGACGGUAGAUAUGUAGUAAAAUUACCCUUUCGCGUAGACGAUGUCGAUUUCGGAAAUUCUAAACAACUAGCUUAUAAAAGAUUUCUAUCCUUACAGAGGAGACUAAAUUCAGAUUCCUCAUUAAAGGCUGAAUACAUUAAAGUCAUGAACGAAUAUAUCGAUCUUGGCCACAUGGUACACGUACCGGAUGAUAGUGGACCUGGGUAUUAUAUGCCCCAUCAUCCGAUAAUUAAAACAUCUAGUACUACCACCAAGGUACGCGUUGUAUUUGAUGCUUCAGCUAAAACCGAUAAAGGUAUCUCAUUGAAUGAAGUUCUACUAACUGGACCUACUAUACAAGACAAUCUCUUCACUAUUAUUUUGCGUUUCCGCACCUUUGUUUAUGCUAUGACUUCUGACAUCGCUCAAAUGUAUCGGCAAAUCUGUAUUCAUCCGGAUCAUCACAAAUUUCAACGAAUUCUUUACUAUCAUAAUAACAAUAUUAGCACUUUUGAACUUAAACGAGUUACGUUCGGGGUUUCUGCAGCCCCAUUUUUAGCUAUACGCACCGUAAACCAACUUGCUGAUGACGAAUCUCAUAAUUUUCCUGCAGCUUCAAAAAUAUUAAAACGAGAUCUUUAUGUCGAUAAUCUAUUAACUGGAUCUAAUUCUUUGACCGAAAUUUUAAAAUUGCGUGAUGAAAUCAUUCAACUGGUGCGAAAAGGUGGAUUUGAACUCAGACAAUGGGCUUCAAAUCAUCGACAUGCACUGGAUAAUUUCGAUCAAAGAACUUUAGAUUUAGAUUGUGCUAUCAAUGAUGAUCCAAUUUCUAAAACUUUAGGCAUUGCAUGGAAUUCUCUAACGGACGAAUUUAUUUACACAGUCAAACCAAUUGACUCGUCGCGAAAAAUAACUAAGCGAACCAUCUUAUCUGAUAUUGCAAAAAUUUUCGACCCUAUCGGAAUUCUGGGUCCUAUAGUAUUAGCGGCAAAAACUAUCAUUCAAGAAUGUUGGAAAUUAAAGGUCCACUGGGACGAAGCGGUCCCACAAGAGCUACAUUUACACUGGUGUAAAUUUGCUGAACAAUUACCUCUGAUUAAAGAUUUUUCUAUUGAGCGCAAUAUUUUACUUCCCAAUCCGACUGACAUACAAUUGCACGGAUUUUGUGACGCUAGUAAAGUGGGCUAUGGUGCUUGUAUUUAUAUAAGAUCAGUAAAUAAACGCGGAAACGUACUCACAAAAUUAGUUUGUUCUAAAUCUCGAGUUGCUCCCAUCAAAGAUGUUACAAUUCCAAAAUUAGAAUUAUGCGGAGCAUUAUUACUUGCUAAAUUAUAUAAAGACACAAUUCCCUCCUUUGACUUUGAUAUUUCUAAAGUUACGUUUUGGUCUGAUUCAACUAUUGUACUUCAAUGGCUCAAACGGUCUCCUAACUCUCUGAAGGUCUUUGAAGCAAAUCGCGUAACAAAAAUUCAAACUCUUUGCAGUAAAGUCGAAUGGCGACAUGUUAGAACCAAAGACAAUCCGGCAGAUUGUUUAUCUAGAGGUCAACUUCCUUCUGAAUUCUUAAAUAACAAAAUGUGGUACUCGAAAAUUACCUGUUUAUUAGCCACUACUGAGAAUUUGUUUAAACGAUUUUCAUCAUAUUCCAAACUUAUAAUUUCCCUUUCUUAUUGUUUACGAAUGUUAAAAAAUAAUGCCUUCAAAUACAAAUCUUUAAGCGUAGAAGAAAAAUUAUCAACUGAAAUAAAAAUCUUGACUAUGAUUCAAAACGAACAAUAUCAUUAUGAAAUCGAACAAAUUAAGGAAACCGGAGAGACUAAGAACUUACGAUUGCGAUGUCUCAAUCCAUUUAUCGAUUCAGACGGACUACUGAGAGUAGGAGGUCGUUUGAAACAUGCUCCUAUAUCUUUUUCAAAGAAACAUCCUAUUUUAUUACCUUCACGUCAUUAUGUUACCGAUUUAAUUAUUAGAGAAACACAUGAAAAAUUAUACCAUUCAGGUAUACAGAGUACGCUUUCAAAUCUUAGACACAAAUUUUGGCUACUAGACGGUAAAAACCAGAUCCGUAAAAUUGUAAAAAAUUGUGUCACAUGCAUUCGACAUCAGCCUGUAAUACUGCAAGGUAAAAUGGCUAAUUUACCUAGAUCUCGAGUCACCGAAUCAGCGGCAUUUUCCCACGUGGGUGUAGACUACUUUGGACCGCUCUUUAUUAAAGAACGUAAAUUCAGAAACAGAACAAAAAUUAAAGUCUAUGGAUGCGUCUUUGUUUGCAUGGCUACUAAAGCUAUACAUUUAGAAAUUGCUAGCGAUUUAACAACAGAAGGUUUUCUCGGGGCAUUUGGUCGUUUCAUUGGUCGACGAGGAGUUCCAACUCACGUCUAUUCGGACAAUGGUACUAAUUUUGUAGGCGCAAAUAAUCAAUUGAGAGAAUUGUAUGUGUUAUUUAAUUCAAAAUCCCAUCAAAAUUCCGUUAACGAAUAUGCUGUACGCAAAAACAUUAUCUGGACGUUCAAUCCUCCACUAUCUCCUCAUUUUGGUGGUAUUUGGGAAGCAGCUGUAAAAUCCUUCAAACACCACUUUAAACGAGUGGUAAAAGACCAACUUCUCACUUUCGAAGAAUUGAAUUCUCUAACCAUCCAAAUAGAAUCUAUACUAAAUUCUCGUCCUCUCUGUUCUCUAUCUAGUGAUCCUAAUGAUCCUAUUGCCUUGACGCCUGCUCAUAUUUUAAUAGGACGUCCUCUCACAAUGCUGCCUGAAAAUGAUUUUUCUGAUGUUCCAGAUAACAGACUCAAUGUUUGGCAAUUCAUUAUCAAGGCUAGACAAGACUUUUGGAGACGUUGGUAUUUGGAAUACCUCCAUGAACUUCAAAUUCGGCAAAAUGGCAUUCCUCUCAAGGAGAAAUUUCAAUCAAUCAAGUCGUCUUAUUGA